UACAAGACAGCAGUGGCAGUGUGCGUGAGACCGUUUAUAUAAGCUUAGCAAGGGUUUAAGAAGUCGAACGAGCGAGCACUGAGCAGCGGUUGCAGGAAAAGCCGUGUCAGCGAGCGUCGCAUUCACGGCGAUGGCGGAGACGGUGAGACUUCGCGUGGUGUUCGAGGAUCGUGGCAUGUUGAGCAAGUCAAAGAAGAAGCAAGGGCUCAAGCGUUGCUGGUUUCUGCUUAAACCCCAACACACCACCAUUUCCGAUGUUGCCUCUCAUCUACUCAACACUUUCCGCCUCCACCGCACCUGUCCCCAUGGCAUCGUCCUAUCGAUGGAUGGUUUUGUUUUGCCAUCUUUUGAGUUCACUUGCAUUUUGAAGGAUAAGGACAUUGUGUGUGUGAAAAGAAAAGGAAGUGUAUCAACUGAUGAUAAAUCUGCAAUGCUGCGGCCCGCGACAUGUGAGAAUCAGGCUAUUGAGCUUCAGAAACUUCUCACAAUUGAGGGCCUUCAAGAGGAGGAGUCUGGGGCAGAAGAAACCAUGUCCCAAAAGGAUGAUGAUGACCAGCUUGAAGAUGCAGUUUAUGUGGAAUCUAAAUCGGAUGGGAAUGUUGUCUUCAAGAAAAGAAAAGCUUCAAAGAAGCUCAAGAGCCCUAGUCAGAAGAAGAUUAAGUUGUCUACUGCCGAAAACUUGUUAGUCACUCCUAAGGUCCAUGAGAAGGAAAACGGAAGCUCUGAAGGCCAUGAGGAGGAAAACGGAAGCUUUGACGGCUAUAUUCAUCACCAAUUGAGUCUUGUCAAGAAGGACAAGAAGAAGUCUUCCAAUUUAUCUAGUCAGCCAAAUAAGUCAAGCAACCUUAAUAAACAAAAGAAUGACAAAAGUGAUCCUACAAGUGAUGAAACAAGGUUUGUCCAGCCUCAAGAUGAAAGUGAAACUAAAAAGUUGCCUAGCAGAAGUGCUCGGCGAAAGAAAGCUAAAAGAAGAUGGCUGAGGGAACUGAAAUUAGAGAAGGAGAAGGAGAAGGGGCAGCUCCAUCAGACUCCUGUGCUUGAAAAAGGUGGACAAGAAUUACCUAUCAACGAUAAUAAUUGUGUUGUUUCUGAUGUACAUCAACAACCUGAUGAAGAAAGUGAAGAAGAGGAUGACAUUGCUCCUGUGGAAAUUAGGCCAGGGCACAUUCGGUUUGAGCCCCUUAAGAAGGAUCAGGAUCAGGCAGUGCCACAGAAUCAGUUUCCAGUGGAAACAUUUCAGUGGAAUGGAAUAACCAACAAGAAGAAGGGCCAGAAAUGGGGUAAAGAGAGAAUGCCUGUCCGUAAGCAGGAUGGAUAUGAAGAUUCCGGUCAAGAUUGUCCUACAGUUCAGAAUGCUGAAAAGGAACAGACAUCCAAUGUGAUAGAUUUUGAUAAGCUUAAACAUUAUACAAGCUUGCCUAAGGAAGGUGAUGUAAUUGCUUAUCGAUUGAUUGAGUUAACAGCAUCUUGGACUCCGGAACUUUCCUCCUUUAGGGUUGGGAAAAUAUCUCGGUAUGAUGCUAAAUCAAAUAGGAUUUGGCUGGAACCAGUUUUAGAAUACCCAUUUGAUUUUAAGAAAAAAAUAGAUGAGGAUGCAUCUUCUGUACAGUAUGAUCCAUCCCCUUAUCAGGAGGAUGGUUCUUUAGAGAUAGAGUAUACAUUGCUGGCCGAUGUUCGAAUGGUUAAGCAUGGCAUUCCUGAUUUGAAAAGUGAUGCUUUGGUUAAUCCAACAAAAGCAACUAAUGAUAUUACCAAUGAAAAACUUGCGGCAAAAGCAAUUAAUGGUAGCACUGGUGAGAAACUCGCGGGUGAUCAAACUACUGUGGGAAGUUGCCAUCCAGAAAGAGGUCAUAUCACUGCUAAAGAAAAUGGGGAAGUAAACGUGUGGGACAAAAUUAACGAGGCAUUAAAAGCAAAGAAGGCCAAGCUGUUGCAGGAGGAUUGUUGGAGUAGAGGAGGAGAGAGCUCAAGCACGAGGUCAUGGUCCCAUAGAGCCAUGAGAUGCAGUGCGUUGGGUCCCACAAUGGCAUUGUUAAGGUCUAACAAUGGACUUUAAGAAACAAGCCUACAUCUGUUGUGUCACCUAUCCGCAGUAUUUUGGUAUAUAUGAACAAAUUACCGAAACUAUCAUCUUUUUGGUACAUAUGAACAAAUUACCGAACCAUCAUCAGCAAUUCAGGCUGCAUGUCCUGAUUUCAGUAUAUUAUAGGCAAAAAUAUUUGAAGGCUUAUUCUUAUUAUCCCUCUUUCGGAUGUUAUUAGUUGCAGUCCUCCUGAAAACCAAGCAGAAAAUUGAAUCAACUGCUACACAACAUGAGAGACCAUUGUUCACCAUCCCAAGUACCAAACAAAAGAAAUUAUGAUUAUAGAUAA